AUGCGACCCAUGACUGUAGACUCCUUUCAGUAUAGAUGUUACCGCCUCGCAGUCUAUGAUAGUCUGCCGCGUGACACAACUGACUACCGGUCUGUCGCUCAACCUUACGACAGGUUCGCUCCCGCCGAAGCCCAGUUCCCUAUGUCAAUCGACGAAAGACGUGUGAAACGCUUUUUCCGUAGCGAGAAACGGAAUGCGGAAAAGGCAGUAGAUGCGGCAAAAAAUGGGAUUAAACGAACUGCAAACGAUGUAAAGGACGCUUUUCGUCCACCUUGGUAUAAGCGAUUAUGGAACUCGUUAAAACGUCCGUUCACGAGGAAUCCCAGAAGACCAUAGUCUGCCCUACUGGGACAAGUCUUCCAACCCUGUUAUACGAAACCGCGCUUCGAGAAAUUUUUACGCCCUGUAUUCGCUGUUCUUUGCGCUCUAUGUGCAUGUUUAUUAACAUUUUGUCAAUUUCAGAUGUUUCUUAACGAAUGAUUGCUUGUCGCAAAUUUAUAUCUUUGAUUCUUGACGUUUUGUUCCAAAAUUCUCGAUCGAAAAAUUUGUUUGUUGUUACUCGCAUAUUAUACAUGAAAAGAGAAGAAGGUCAUCAACAUUAUUGUGUAUGUUGCACUGAAG